GACCGAUGAAUUGCUCCGCUUCAGAGUGCUCAAAAGCCUGUGCUAAUGUUUGAACAGGCAACGAGACUCCGUGGUGGUCGUGAGGCAUUCGGUGGGUUGUCCCACUUUUCGGCCCACGAGCAAUGUCAUGGUAGCAUCAUUAUUGUUCAACGAGGAAAUUCGCGACCAGGGUACGCAUACUGUACUUGAUCAGCAGGUGUCCGCGCAGUCUUCAAUUUCUCUUGAUCAAAUCCAACUUUCCUCCUUCGUUCAACCGCCUCUCUUCACUUCGAUCGCCAACAUCCCGCAACUCAAUCCUCCAUCAUGUCUGGAACUCAAGAAACCUUCAAUUUGACCAAGGUAGACGUCCGCAAGAUUCAAGAGCGCGAGUCUAGAGCAAACGAUGGCGACAUUCCAGCUGGCUCGGAUGCAGCCGGGCUCCAGUCCAUCGUUGAUUCCGCGGACAAGAACAAGGCACAAGUCAUCGCGGAUCGUCAGGCCAACCUGCCUCUUCCCGAGCAACCGCCCACCGCAUCAGAUUUCAACUCGAGCGAUCAGAGGACCGUAGACGUGGGCUCCGGAAGGAUCUCUGGAGGGUCAGACGGAAACCUUCGUGAGCCUGCGACCGGUAGCAGCGAUGCUCAGAAGGGUAACAGUGACUAGGCAAUAUGCCGAGGAUGUCGGGAGUGGAGAAUGCAUGAACGAUGGUGCUGAGGCGGAAACCGCGAAAGCGAGGGCAUGAUUGUUGGUGCGGUUGGAAUUCAUGUAAGCUGGCAAACCGCACGUCGUUUGGUGGACGAUGCAAGGCUCAGAAGAAGAUUAGAUUGUGGUCGUAAUGUUGUAUCGCCAGACGGCUGCCGAAUUUCUCAUUUGCCGUUGCAGACUCGUGGUAGGAAGGAUGCGAUGCAGC